AUGGCGCAAAUAUGUGAAAUUUUAUAUUCAUUUAUACGCUUAACGCAGCAAAAUUCGAAAGAUGAUGAAUAUGGCCUAACAGAGAUUAUUAUGGAUGAUCCCAAUAAUUCGAGAAAAACAAGUUGGAGAAGAGACAGAGCGAACAAAGAAGAUAUCAGGCAAAUUUCUUCGUGCAGUGAAGAAAACAGAGGAAGAAGAAAUGAUCACAAAAUGACAUUUGAUGAGAAAUCAAUGAAAAUAUCAAAAUUAUCAUCAACAUCAUUUGCUUCAUCCAAUACAUCAAACUGCUCAGAGAAACAGUUAGAAGGAAAUUCACUGAAACAGAAAUACUUCGAAGCAAAAGAACAAUCAACCAAUAAGUUUUCAAAUACAACAAAUGAAACGAUAAAAGGAGACGAAUCACUGAAAGGGACAGAGUAUUCGCCUAGUGAAGAAAAUCACACUCAGAGUGAUUCGUUUGAAUCGUCAAGAAAUAAGUGA